AUGACUAUCGAUUCCCGUCCAAAUGAUUCAGAGGCAACACAGCAGGAAGUAGCAGCAAACUCUGAGGAGUUUCCCAUUCUUCCGGAUCCCAGGACCGAGUUUCUAAGUGCCGAUGUGGAUCUGACUAGCGAAUUACCCGAUGACACAGAGGCCAUCGAGUUGGUCCAUUUACGUAUUCAGUCCAUGGAGGACCUGGAACUACCAAGGUUUUUGCGUUUGAAAAGUCUGUGCCUCAGACAGAACCAGAUCGAGAGUAUGAGUGAGGUGGAAGUUUUACCAGUGGAGACUAUCGAAGACAUAGAUCUUUACGACAAUAAGAUCAAGCAUAUAUCGAGCAACGUCAACAAUCUGGUCAAUUUGAAGAGCCUUGACCUAUCAUUCAAUAAAAUCAAACACAUCAAAAACCUAGAUAGGCUCACGAAACUCGAGAACCUAUAUUUUGUGCAGAACAGGAUCUCCAGAGUUGAAAACUUGAGCACCUUGAAGUCUUUGCAAAAUCUGGAGCUAGGAGGCAAUGAAAUCAGUGAAAUUGGUCCUGAGUCACUCCGAGGCCUUGAUAGUCUUCGUGAGAUAUGGUUGGGCAAAAAUAAAAUACCCCGGCUGAUUAAUCUGCACCAUUUGCGCAGCCUUCGCAUUCUAUCUAUACAAUCUAAUCGACUAACGAAAAUCGAGGGCCUAGAGGAGCUUGUAAAUUUAGAAGAACUCUACCUCUCACACAAUUACAUCCAAAAAAUUGAAGGACUGGAGAAAAACAUUAGAUUAACCACCUUGGAUAUUACCUCAAAUCAAAUAGCCAAGGUGGAAAAUUUGAGGCACCUCACAAAGCUUACAGAUCUCUGGCUAUCAUUCAACAAGGUGGAUCAGUCGUUUGAAUCUCUCGGCGAAGAGCUCCGCGAUUUGCCAGAGCUUGAAACGGUGUACCUGGAAGGGAACCCCGUCCAGAAGAAUGCAGGUACCAGCUAUCGGAGAAAGCUUGUGCUCAACUUGGGUCCAACACUGCAAAAGAUUGACGCUACCUAUAUUCGCGGUUAG